UAUUUUAUUAGUUUUAUUGAGGCAUUCUAUUCAAAAACUGAAUUUCAUGUAAAAAGUAUUUCAGAUGAAAAAGUUUGACGUAUUGUAAAAAUUACCAAAAAUUUAUCAGUGUUUUGAGUCAUUUUUGAAAAGUAUCAUAUAAACUCAAAAGGCCUUGUCGCCUUAGCCAAACACGGCAGUCUACACCACUCAAAUGCUCCGUUACAUUCGAAAUUUAAAGUCCUCAGCCUGGCGAGAUAUCCCAAAGAGUUGCUGCUCCUAUCUGGCCAGAUCAGAUCGAAGCGAUGUGCAGUUAACGCUUCCCACGGUUGUGCCUUCUGAGUUCGCCAGUCGCAUCUGCCCUCUUGCUGUCCCAGCACUGAUCGAAAAGCUUUCACAUCGGGUCCCAUGUGGCCCCAUGUUGUCCCCAACUAACCUCCUAUGCAAUAAACCACAGCCAAAGACUGUUCCCAUUCCUGAGGAGAUCAAUUUGCAUCGAGCUGUAGUUCUAGAGGACCUCAAUACCUACAUAAAAGCAAAGUCUGCCUUUAAAGCGCCAUAUCGGAAGCAACAGGUGUUUGCUCACGUGUUGGUAGUGGCUGGAGCUGAAUCAACCAAGGGAUGCCCAUUUUAUCAAAGUUCCGAAUUUCAAUACCUUUGUGAUUGUUCGCGGCCACAGUCGGCUCUUGUGCUAUAUCGCAGUCGAAAGAAAAAAACGUGGGCUAUUCUCUUUAUCUUUGAAGAGGUGGACUCUCAAGUGGCUGCGGUUUUAACUGGCAUGCACCAUGUGGACGAAGUUCUACCACUAACCCGAUUAAAGGAACGGCUCGCCAUGCUGCUUAAGGAUUCUCCAAAAUUGUGGCAUACUUUAGAACGAUCUAAUGCAGUCAGUCGAUUAGUAAACGAGGUAGCAGAAAUUAGUCAAACGCCGGUAAACAAUCCUCGUUAUAUAAUGGAGCAUACGCGCAGCGUUAAGACAGCUCGGGAGCUUGGAGCUAUUCGACAGGCGAACACCAUUGCUGCAGAGUCUAUGGCGGCGGUGAUUGCCCGACAAAUGUCACAGCGCCACCAUCAUAAGCUGCAGCCACAGGACCUGAUCACGAUAUUCGACUUUAAAUGUCGUCGGCAUUAUGGUCAUCCAGAUAAAUCUUUUAAAGCCAAAGUUAUGGGUGGAUAUUCUGACACAGCACUCUGGCACAUGGAAGCGGGCUGCCAGUACGAAGGGUACCAGGGCGGGCUUGCCAGAACUUGGCCUGGUUCAGGCCGGUUUACGCCUCCUCAGAAGUUGCUUUAUGAUGCUCUUUUAGAUAUGCAUCGGGAUCUUUGCGAGCUUAUCCAAUGUGGAGAUGCAGGUGGGCCAGUCCGUACGCCACUAGACAUACACGCCGCGUACCUCAUCCUCCUAGCGCGCUAUCUUGAGGAGCUUCAUGUGCUUCCUAAGACCUUAAGAAGUCCAAAGGAAACCGUUAAAGCUGCUGCAAAUUAUAAUUGCUCACCAGUCGCGGUAUGCCAUGUGGGAUUGGAUCCUUGUGAAACUAGCCAUCAACUUCUCAAGUGUCCUUUGGUGCCUGGGAACGUAAUAUCCCUAAACCUGUCUAUAUCCAUUCCAGACAACUGUUUUCAGGCCUAUCCUGAGUUCAGGGGUGUCUUCUGCCAACUAGGAAACACAUUGCAUAUCGGGGAGAACUGCAAAGUGGAAGUUCUUACUGUGCAGUGCCCAGUAAAAUACAAAUUCAGUAGUUCUGAAAACCUUAAUGUAAAAGAGCUAAAAAUCAUAUAAACUUUAUUUGAUAUAAACAUGAAGCACAAUUCUGAAUAAAAUGUAAAUCCUAUUUAAAAUAAUGUA